AUGAGCCAACAGAAGCCUUUAACGUACUCGUGUCAACCACCAGGCCUGAAGAAAUGCUUUAUUAAAGGACAAGCGCUCAGAUAUCUAAGGACUGAUUCCUCUCAAACCACUUCUGAGGAAAAUAUAAAAAAUUUCGAAAAUCGCCAGAUAGAAAGAGGCAGCAGUGUCCCUAUUGUGAGACAGUACCUCUCUGAGUUAAAAUUCGCCGACAAGAAAACAGCCCUUCAAAAGAGCAACAAAUCUGCGCGUGAAAAACUACUACCCUUUGUUACAGCUUUACUUAAACUGAAGAAAAUACUAUGGGGAAAUAGCACCUUAUACAAAACCAACAACGGCUAAGAGAAAUCUUUAAGGAGCCUCCCCUCAUAUCAUAUCGUAAGGAAAAAUCCCUUAGGGGUCUACUAGUUAGAGGGAAGCAGAUAGCUUCCUUUACGACUAAGUGCAGGAGUCGUGUGUUGCUACUGUCUUCGCCAAGUUGUAAACCUGGUGACCUGAGAUGCGUUAAAAGUUUGAUUCCAUGCUUUCUCGGUUAAGUCCGACCAAGGGAGUCCCAGGAGACCCAAGGGGAUUCCAGUGUACGUCAUGUUUCCUGUCCCUCCAUCCCUUGUAAUGACGCGAGUUAAAGAAAAGCCAUUAAGUUAUAUUCUCAUCGAUAUCUCCCUACUCCCAACAUUUCAUUUUCUCCCUCCUCCGUACAUUUUCGGGCCAUUUCUCCCUCCUCCCUAUCAUGUACCUUUCUCCUCACAAUAGGUUUAGUAGGCAAAACAACAACUUUGCAAGUGCAUCUCACUUUUUUGCACAUUUCUUUGCCGUUUUUCCUUGACUACGAUGUGAAAUUGUCUAAUUUUACUUUUAAGGGAGGACGUAAACAAGCGACGACAAAAUUUUAUUCCCUUCCUAAACUUGAAUACGGUUCUUAGAAAUUCAACUCCGGCAGGGUUUGCCUACAUUUGACAAAGUAAGUGAGUUGGAAUAAUCGCGAUAAAGACCGAAGGAACGCAAAUUCAUUUUUAAAGCGUCGUUUUCGCUUCCGUUGCGUCGUCCGAUAAUAGUGAACUUACGCAACAGGACGGGAGAGGAAAGAAGACGUCAAACCUUGCGUGACAACCGUGACAACAAAUUUGUUUGAAAUAACUUUUCGCCAAUAACUUUUCACUUUCCUUUAAACAGAUCUUUUUGUAAAAACCAGAAAAUAUUAAUGCUGAGUGAAGAUUACGACAUAACAUGCAAGUUAUAGCCCUGUCACGUUUGUCACACACACAAACAUUUUGCCGUCUUCUUCUUCCUGCCGUCCUGUUGCGUAAACUCACUAAUAUAACAGUGGGGAUGGAAUAGCGUCUGUCAGACAUGCUAAGAAAAACCGAUCUGCCCUAAUCGUAAAAAUUAGUUCCCACAAAACGCCAAAAAAUGGGCAAUCUGCAAAAAUAAACUACCGCAAAAAUUUCGUGCCACACCGGAAUUGCCAUACACAGUAGAGCGCCCUGCUCACCUGGUCACAUGAUCCCCCAUUAGCGCUCCUGUGAGAGAAGAUUGGGGUUAGGUUAAGGCCCAUGGAGACUCAUGGGAAGGGACAUUCCAUAAUACGAGUCUGGGAAAACUUGCUCGGAGGUCGUUGGACGGUUGUAAUUGUGCGGUCAAUUGUGAAGCUCUGUAAAAUCUAUCUGCAGCUUUCAAUGGUUGUCUAUAACAGGAGGGUUUCAAGUGCUGGUGAGUAGCUUUUUAGGUGCAAAACGGUGAUGCUUUCUUGUUAUUUAGCUCCACGCACGUGGGUUGGAAAUUGUGCGCGACGACGGAUGAUAGUCAAACUGUCACGUACGUGACAGUUUGAAAUUUUCGCUAUGAAACAGACUUUACCCAACUCGUUAAACUACAGGACAGUGAAAAGUGAAUUUUCGUACGGGUAUUUGCUGUCUUAGCUGAAAGUUUUACCUGCAUUGUCGCCGGAACUUGUAUUUGUUGGUGCAUAGAGGUGGUGGCGCAGCGUGAUCAGGGAGAUGGCGGGAACUUAAGCUUAAGUCACGUGGGUUACCCUAACAAACUCACUAUUUUAAACAAAUUAUAAGCUUGGUUAUAUUUCUAAACAAAAAGUGAAGGUUCUUUUAUUAACCAGGAGAGUUUGCUUUCCAGCUGUAUUCUAGUUGUAAAAAUAGAAAAAAAGUUUUACAUUACAACAUUAGUUACACUUCACUGUUUACAAAGACGUGACAGAAAAUUGCCUUGUGUAAAGCUAAAUUUAAACACGAUAAUAACAAAGCAACUUGUUUUAUGCAGCCUGCACAGGGCAGCUACCUAAUUUUGUCUUGAAAGUGUCUGAGAACUCAAUUUGUCAGGUAGUUUGUUUUGAAGUUUGUGUCGCUGUUUUACCAGUUCCCAGUCCCCACUGUGUAGCACCCUAUCCUGCUAAGUAAAAUGGCGGCCGAAAUGUCUUAUUCAAAAAUUUUGUGGGCUCUAAGAAUGUCAAAAUCUAUGAUUCUUUCUGAACAUGCUUUAAAAGGGAAUGAGAAGCAGGGUUCACAAAUAUGCCAAAUUUUGCGCAUUUUACGCCAAAAUUCUUCAGAUGACUCCAAAGAGGUUACAGAGGGAGUCACUUCGACUCCAGAAAUUUCAGUAACAAACAGGGAGCCACUUCGACUCUAGAAAUUUUUAGCGACAAACACAGCUUUGUCCUUGCCUUUUUCGGAACAAAUACAAUUUAUGUUAAUGGUAAACAUUGUAAACCUUAAUCAAAUCAGCAAAAUUAAAGAAUUAUACUGCACGACAAAACAGGAAGAGGGUAAAUUACGAACAAAGUUUACGCGAUGACCGCCAUCAUGGAUUUGGGUGUUCCAGGUCAGCUGACCGCCACAGCUACUUCGUAUGUCCCUCACGGUAGUUUAUACAUGCCAGGACCACGUGCUGGAAAGUCUGAAAAUGGCUUUUUUCAUUGUGGUACUUGACUCCAAAUAUUCCAAAAUGACUCCAAAAUUUGUGAAGCAAAAGUCACAGUGACUCCACUCAUCAAUAAAAUUUGCAAACGCUGGGAAGAAAACUUGUUAAAGAGUUUAUUAGCACUCUUGAAUCUGCAACCUCUUGGUUAGACAAUCGUGAGUUUUAUGUACGAGGUUGGCGUUGAGAGUCUAAUGCAAGUGUGAGGGAUAGUUUAAUAUUUUCUUUUACACAACCAGUAUGUUACUCAUUUGCUUGUCUUGUCAGUUGUAAAGUUAAGUAUUUUAGGAAGGUAGCAGACGUUUAAGUGAAGAUUCGAGGGGAAGACGAUGUUCUUUCAUGUGUUUCACAGCACUCUCUUUCCAUAAGCCCAACCAGUUAUCAGCUGUGGAUUGUUGUAAAUUACAAACACAAUGGAUGGAAUCUUGUGACGAGAAGACAAUUAGUUUCAAAGCGCCUUGAACAAUCAACUCAGCAGAAUCAUUUUUAGCAGAUAACCUUCCAAUUGUAGCUCACUACUUUUUCUAACGAGGUUAAUGGAGCAACAAGGCGAACAAACUGAAUUACAAUUGAGGUCAUAAUUUUCCCGGCAAAGAGGUGAAUGAAACAGCCAAUUUGCUCGCUAAGGUGGGCAAACUGAAUUAAGGUUUUCCUACUCAUUUAAAAUACUUGAAUUGAUCUCAUGAAGUAAAAGAAUGAAUACAACAGAAUUUGAUAUGAACAAUUCAGUGACAAUUCACUAAAUCGAAGAUGUUCUCUGAAACCUUUUAUUAAAUCUGUCCUUAUUGUGUAUUAGGUAACUUUUGGCUUUUUGGAAGAGAAUUUCAAAUAUCAGAUGCCUGUACGAAUGGAAGAUUCAAAUAAGGCAAUAGCUCAAGUCAUUAAAACAUUCCAUGGCAUGGAGGUAAUACUGUAAGUGCAGAACUAAGAGAGGGUAUUGUAAAUUAUGUUCAAAGGAAAGUCAUAUUGGCAGUCUUGCUGACCAGCUCUAUGGAAAAUUACUGCUGUUCCACUUUCCACCUGGCAUAUGGUUGGCAUGAUUUGCUCUCUGAUGCGAUUCUUUGACCUCUUUUGAAAUUUAAACUUUUUCAUUGCAGCUAAAUAAAGGUUUAUGUUGUUUAAUUUUCUCCAAAGUGCCUCCUGGAUCUGAAUAACUAAACGCAAUUUUCCUUUGUCGGUGAAUGUGAAGGUUUCCUGCAAUGUUCUGUCAUGCUGGGCCCAGUGCAUUAGUAGUUUUUGCAGGAUGUUAAAUACGGAAAGAUAGUGAUGUACAUGUAAAGUUCUAAAUUUUGAAUAAUCGAUUGCAGCGGAACUAAAAAUACCAAAAUAACGGUGAAUUGCACCGUGACUCAGUCAAGAUUGCUCUUUCAGCAAUGAUUUUUUAAACUCCAGGUUGUUUUUCUAAAGAUAUGUGACUCUUUAGGCUGGAGAGCAUCAUUCCUCUCUUGGUAAUUACUUUUGAAUUAGCUUAACAGUCUUGCAACUGCCGGUUUGAUUGACAGAUUAGAGACAAGGUCAAGGUCCAUCUAGCAUGGUAAAUUAAGGCGGUCUACACCAAAGGGGUUUUGGGGUGGCUUAACAUUUCAUGUCUUUGACCUUUGGCCCAAGACGAUGAAGCUCCUCUCUGGCCUCAAGUAAAAACCUCUGGUACCCAGAGCUGGGCUGUUAAAAGCUGUGUUAAGAUAAGCUAGGGUUAAUGCAAAAUUUGAAUUCAGAUAUGAAAGCUUUAAAACUAAAUUCAGUCUAAUUCUUUUUGUCAACAAGUUGAUGAUUGGAUGCUCGUAAAGAUAACAGAGAAAGUUAUCUGAGAAAAUGCUUUUGAACAAGAGAAAAGAAACCAGGGUGAAAUAACCCUGGAUUAGCACUAAUCAGCCUUCUAACAACUGGGCCCUGGGUAUGAAAAGAUAGGAUACGUGAAGAAAAAUUAGAUGUGCAAAAAGUUGUUUGCCUCUCAAUACCAUGACAUCACACGAUCACAUCAGCUAGUUUCCCGUCCAGUCUUUACAUAUCGAGGUUGUUCUAUAAGGAAAAUUUCAGGUAGCCCUUCGGGCUCCCAAGCAUUUUAGCUAGGGCGCAUGCCUAGGCCUCCAAGUUGGUCAUCCAAGUACAUCUGACAAAGACGUAUUUUGUACACACGCCAAUCCUACUGGCCUGCUUAUCACCAAACUUGGUAAUUUUAGCUUUUGGGUGCGACAAAAACCCACAGUCAUGUUGUCAUAUGAAACAAAAGUUUUCGUGCCAUUCAGAUUUAAAACCAGAAACGUGAGCAAUGCCACCGAAUUCAUCAGGUUUUAAAGAGGGAAAAGUAAAAAUUUCAGCAGGUUUACCCAAACUUCAUUAAGAUGUGUGAGUCAAACAUAGGAAUACUGUGCUUUUUACCAGCAAUACUAAACUUGAUCAAAAACGAUUUCUUAAAACAUAAGCAAGCGAGUAUUAACAUUAACAGCCGACGUUUCGGUAUCAUCAUGACACCAUUCUCAAGGCAAAAUGAAUAAAUACAGUCGACUCCUGAUAAUUCGAACGUUCAAGGGAAACAGAAAAAAGUUCGAGUUAUCGGGAGUUCGAGUUAUCGAGGGUAAAAUUAUAUAGAAAAUGUUCUGAAGGGAAAUGAAAAUUGCUUUGAGUUAGCAGAAGGUUCAAGUUAUAGAGGGUUCGAGUUACCGGGAGUCGACUGUAAUGCGAAGAUUUGAUUUCUACAGUCUCUACAAAUCUGCAUAAUAACAAAGGAUCACAAGUUCUUCAUUGAAUACCUUUGCGCGAAUUGAGUCUGCCUGCACGUUUAGGGAUGGUUUGAGUUUUUUUAUAAAGAGCAUCUCCUUAAUUAGGCAAUCAAAUUUGUUAGAACCUUUAGUGAGCACAUGAAAUUGUUCUGGAAGAAAAGGUGGUACGUCAGAGUUAUGUUCACUAAGAGAAAUACUAAACUUGAAAAUAAAUUUUCAAAAGGUGAAUUUAUCAAUGCGGCAUGAAAUAUAAAGUGACGGAGUUUAUGCGUCAGAUCAAACUCAAGUUCCCGUGAAAAAUUCUGUGAAACUGCUGCGCCUGCAAACCUAUUGUUUUAAUGAAAAAUAAGUCAUCUUUAAUUUUCUUUUCUAUAUUAUCAGUGAAUCUUUUAGGAUAAUUGAGCUUUUAGUGGAUACGGUCGAAGCUUAAACCAGCUCUUCUUACCGUGUUUUUAUUUUUUUGGGGGGGGGGGAGGGGCACUAAAUUUUGCCCAUAUAUGCAUGUGUGCGAAUUUAGUUUUGAUACGUAAAAUGCAAAGACAACUGUCAAGACUCAAGGAUAAUAAUUGACUCAAUGCCCGCUCUUAUAAUUGUCUUACCGUUUGCUCUUCCGUUCCCUAAGUUAUAGGUUCCUAAUUGAAAAAACUAGUUUCUUAACCUACAGUAUAAACUGAAUCAGAGCAAACGGGGUUCGUAUGAGGUAUUUACUGAAAAGUCCAAAUAUUAUUUUAUAUUUUCUACGUUAACUGUAAGUGAUACAAAAAUGAAAGUAAGGAAGAUAUGAUAAGAAAUAAGCACGUUAUUCGCAAGUUAUUUCGUUAAGUAAAGCUAAAGUGAUGAUAACGAUGACCACGAUUAUCAAACUAAAUUCAAAUUUUCUUCUUGUAUUUUCAGGCCCUUACACUCGUCCGAAGCCAAGAACAGGUGCGCACUGACCUUUAUUUGUUUUGACCUAUUAGAUGAGUAAUUGAACUUCUAAGUAAUUGUGAAGUAAAACGUACGAAUAAGAAGCGGUUUUGAUUGACAUUUGGAUAAAAAGUGCUGCGCUUACAGGCUUUAGUACAUUACAGUGAAAGUGUUGCUUAAUUACAAGCAGCAAGAGAAGUUCGCACUCCUAAUCUCUAGGCUGCUUUUACGCAUGCUUGGCACGUAUAAACCCAGCAUUCGUUUGGAUUUCCACUGAGUAUGAAUGGAAUGCUUAGAACGCAACCUGAGCACGCGCUUUUGUACCUUCUAUCACUCCUAAUCUGAUCACGCACAUUUUGACCUUCUACCACAUGAAACUUACGCUAAGGACCACCGUUGGAGCAAGAGCGUUGUAAACGUCGAUUUGAAGCCUGAAACUCGCCCGCACCAUGUAACUUUUGGUUAUUACUCCAACUCCAAGUAAAACAUGUCACAGGGGGUUCUAUUUCUGUACGUGGGCGAAAAUUACGGGAGAAAACAAGAAAAGCUAGACGAAAACGAACAAAGAGAGCGCGCAUAGCAAAAACCCGAAAAUUGAAAAGAAGAUUGAAAAGAUGCUUACUAAAGUUACGGCUAUUGAAAAGAAAACAGGUGCUUGUUGCUAGAUGGGUCAGGCGCUUGAAAAUGUUGGGGAAAAUAAGAUGAUUGAUAGCAGUGAGGAAAGUGAGGAUUGUCCUGAGAAAGAGAAUUCUAAAAAUGAAAACAAGAAUUCGUGUUCGCAAAUUGAGGCUCAAGCGAUGUUAUUAUUGACUACAAGCAGCCAAAAGACGUGCGCGCAUGCUCCGAGCAAGAAGAAGAGCCAUUAGGAUCCUGCGAAUUAGGGCCAGGCGAAGUAUGCGAAGAUUGCGGUUAUUGGCUAGCAGGAGGUUGGCGCGUGCGCGAAAAAUCUCCAGAUUACGGAGACUAAUGCGGUAUCGAAUGAUGGCCAACUUAUGAGCAAGGCAACAAGCAGAACGGAGGUGAAUGGUAGUAUUAGCUAGAAAAAGAAUUAAGCUUUUGCGGCGAAAAAUUCUUCUUAGACAAUAAGCCAUUCGAGCAAGAUACCGCAGAUUACACCAAAGGGCAGCAAGGUUAAGGACUCUCCAGUUUAGAAUAAGGGCCCGUCAAAGACGCAUGGGUAUGCGUCUCAUUAUUAUCAGGAGAGGUCUUGUGAGUAUUUCGCAAAAGAUAUCUUACUACAGACGUUUGCAGCGUUAUGCAAUAUUACAGUGUUUGAAAAAGUUGCAGCAGGCAAGGCAUUAAUGGACAUGCAAGCUGUUUUUGUUAAGUUUGUGCCUACCAUAUAUGGAAAAUUAGUUGCAGCAUAUUAAAAGGCCAUUUGACAGUGCAUAUGUAAUCAGACAGUGAUAACUUUACUUAUCACAUUCCACAAAAAUAUAUAGUAAAACAAUAGUUUUUACAAAUUUCACCUUAAAAUAGCAGAGAACAAUAACGUGAUAUCAGAGUUAAACAAUAAAAGGAAAUGUCCCAACCAGAGUUAUACAGUCAUGUGGGUUUUUAGACAACAACAUUGCAGUAGGGGUUGGGGAGGGGGCUUAAUUUCUUUGUUCUGCUUAGAGGAGUAUAGUAUGGUGCUAAAUGAGAAAAUAAAUGGAACUGUCUCAAGAGUUUUGUCUGAGGUUGUAGCUUGAUUGUUUGGCCAAAGCAUUUUGACAAGUUCACAAUAAAAAGUACCACCACAAUCAACUACAUUUAGGGUAACAAAUAAUACAAAAAUACAUGUAGACAUGACCUCACCUUAGUUACGGUUGCUUUGUUAGAAAUUCUUUUUAGUGUUGUAUGGCUGAUCAGAAUGGAUGGGUUUGUCCCGUCAAGCUUUGAAGGCAACUCAUCAGUAAAUUCCAAUGUCUGGUUAUGAGCUUUUUCUUCAUCCUUAAAUGGCUUACUUCUUCUUAAACUUAAGGUGUUAACUUGUAGUAAAUAAAAAGGAAACGUUGUUGGCCUAAUGAACCAAAAAAAAGCUCACACUAAACCCAGUCAUUCUCUGCUGAUAAAAGGACCAUGUAGGUCCAUGUCUGACCAUUUAGCCAAACAAAAGUAAUAUGCAAAACUUCUAACAAGAAUGUUUCAUCUGAAAGGCAACAUGACAGUAUAAGUGACAAAAUAAUAUUCUUGCCAAAAACUCUGUUAUUUGAGGAAAUACGGUAUUUUUGUGUGACCAUCUAUGUCCACUGAAAGCAAUAUGUCUCUUGAGUGACUACCUGUUGUGAGCAACCACAGCCACCUUUCUGGGGUGUGAUGGUAUUCAGGAUAGUUUUUCAUUGUUUUUAAAAACUCAUAAGCGACAACUCAUCACAAGGUUUCUCCAGCUAAAUAAUAGCAGCUUUAAAAAUGGAUGUUGCACAGCCCUGAUAUGAACAUAAGUUCAUCUGCAAAGUGAUAUUCAUUGGCACCGCUGAACCACUCCACAACAGCCCAAGGCUGUGCUCUAAGGAAAAUUGAAGGGAGCCCAGUGCUCUGAAACUGUAAAAUCUAGGUUGCCCAGCAUAUGAUUUGUAUGAAAAAUCUGAGAUUUUCUUGUCGCCCGAGAGCAAAAGUUAGGUGCCAGGGGCCACCAGGCUCUGCUAGAGCACACCCCUGCAGCCACCUUGGGGGUUGACAGAAGAAAGUGGCUGUUGUGGCAUGGGCAGGUGGCCAUUAUGGGGAGGGAGGGGUGCUUUUAAUUUAAUUUGAUUUAAUUUAAUUUUUUCCAGGAGUACAACAUGUUCAUUGUGCCAAGUUCAUGCUUACUUCAGCCUAUAAUAUAUGGUCAUCCAAUCAUCAAUAUUGUUUGCUGCGAUGUGGUAUCAAGUUGCUUGUCAAAUGCUUGUGUGGCUGAGCAAAAUAAGAUUGCUCUUUAG